UCCGAACCAGCCUUUUCCUCUCAGUCUCUCACACACCAAUAUACAAAACCUCAAAAUAUAAAACAACAAUGGCGAAACACCAAACUGUAGUAGAUGAAGAAGAAGAAGCCCCAAUCCACGGUGAUAUUCUAGAGGCUAUUCUCACGCAUGUGCCACUCAUCGACCUCGUCCCGGCUUGCCACGUAUCCACCUCGUGGAAAGGCGCUGUGUUUUCCUCUCUUCGUCACCUGAACCCGGUCAAGCCCUGGCUCAUUGUCCACGCCCAGUCGACCCGGUAUCCGUACACAACGACCUCGCACGCUUACGAUCCUCGCUCGCACGUGUGGGUCGACAUCGAGCAGCCUUCGAUCAAGUACGUCUCGACUCUCCGGUCGUCGCACUCGAAUUUGCUCUACAUGCAGAGCCCGUUCCGGUUCGUUUUCUCGUCCGACCCGCUUCAGCUGACGUGGCACAGGGCGGUCGCCCCGAUGGUGUGGAGGCCCGACCCGAUCGUGGCGCUGGUGGGGGAGCGCGUAGUGAUCGCCGGAGGCGCGUGCGAUUUCGGGGACGACCCGCUCGCGGUGGAGACUUACGACUUGAAGACUCGCGCGUGGGACACGUGCGACGACAUGCCCGCGAUACUCAAAGAUUCCUGUGCCUCCACGUGGCUUUCGGUGGCUGUGGACAAGUUAAAAAUGUACGUGAUGGAGAAAUGUUCCGGUGCGACGCACUCGUUCGAUCCUAUCACUAAGACCUGGCAAGGACCUUAUGAUCUCCGACCUGACCAAAACGUUUUCUCUUCAAUAAUCGGAUUUGUCAAUGAUCGAAUGUUCGUGGUGGGUUUGGUCGGAGAGGCUGAGAAUGUCAAAAGCGUAAAAAUGUGGGAAGUGAAGGGUGAAAUGUUGGAUAUGAAAACUGAAGUCAGUGAGAUGCCGAAGGAGCUGGUGGCGAAACUGAUAGGGCAGAGUCCACGCGUGACGUCGAUCGGGAUGAACUCGGUGGGCAAUUUCGUCUUUUUGCACAACCCUUCUGACCCGGCGGAGGUGAUCGUGUGCGAGGUGCAAAACGGUGCGUCGUUUUGCAGCUGGGGGAGUGUGGGGAAUGCGGUGGUGGACGACGGGAGUAGGAUCGUGAAGAAUUUAGUGUACACGUGUGCCAACGUUGGACUCGGAGAAUUGCACCAGGCUUUGAGGUCUGGUGAUCGGAGAUUCACAAUUAAGGAGGAGAUGGAGUAGAUUUACAGAGAGUACGUGGCAGCUGAUAAUUGGUUGGUUGAAGGAGUUCGCUCUCCUUGUAUAAAGACUUUGGAGUGUUCACUGCCCGCAUUUUGCAGUUUAUUAUGGCCCUUUUUUUUUUUUUUUUUUU